AGAGAGAGAGAGAGAGCGAGGGAGAGAGGGAGGAGUAGUUAUCCAUGACAUCUGUGACAUGAAAGCAGCUCAGGUAUGUAAACGCAACAGAGAAAACACUGAGCCGUUCCUUAUACUGGAUCUUCAGUCAGAGACCAAAACGGACUGAAACACAGAGGACUGAUAACAACGGCUCCCACGCUGGAGGAUGAUGAUCUCCACUACAGAUCAGUUUUUGUUUUUACAGUAACUGUUGAUUAGAGAUGACAGCAGCUAGACGACAGAUAACGAGCAUUGUUCCGCUGUCCAAACCCCCCAGGACAAAGUACAUGAUGCAGGACGCCCUCAACAGCUCCUACGACGUCCCUCAGCCCGCCUACGAAGACCCAGACGCAGCGAAGCCUGCCGUCACGGAUGGAAGCCAGAGGUCAGAGGUUAAAGUCAAGCCCGUGCCUCGUCCCAGGUCGAAAUCAAAACCAGAAAACCAGAGCAACACCAACGUCGCUGCUGACUCCGGAGACGACACCAACAAUAACAGCAAUGCAGUGAGUUUCCCGCCCAGUGAACGUCCAGCGGAGAGGCCUCAUCCUGUUCGCCCCCCGCCUAGACCGCCAAAGUGUUUGACCUUCAGUAAACCCGCAGCAGCUGUCGACGGAGGCAGUCAACGUAUGGAUUCAAACGCCGAGUCAACUGUGAAGCCUCCAGCUGAGAACACACAAAACCCUCCUCCUCCCCGUCCUCAGCGCCCCCCCCCCUCCGUCUACUGUGAUAAACUGCAGUCUGCCAUGCAAUCUACGAGCUGCACCGAGUCUCCACAUCCCGCCACCAGCUCCACACAGCAGCCUGCGGUCUCUGUCUCUGUCCCUGAGGGAGAGCCGAGUCUCUGUGGGACUCACAAUGAGACGGCCACACACGGUCCAGACAGACCUGCGGUUCCGCCUCGGCUCUCUCAGUCCUCCCUCCCCCGCCCUGCGCCGGUGUGUGACGCCUCGCCUCGCCAGACGAGACCGCCGCCUCCUCCAUUCAACCCUCCGCCACCGCCGUCAACGGGGACGCCGUCAGACUCGGUGUACUGGGAGAUAGAGCAUCGGCCCUACCUGGAUAUUCUGUCAAAGGAUGAAGAUAAGAUGACACAAGGGAAGACGAUGCCUCGCUCUGGACUGCGCUUCCAGAGCAGCUGCUUCUCUUCAUGCAGAGAGGACACAGACGACUACUAUGGGAUGUUGAGGUGGUUGACAAGAGUGUCAAGACCUGAUUACAUGACUCCGUCACUGUAUGGCCUCAGUAUAGAAGAAGAAACCAGAUUAUUUAAUCAGAGAGCCGUGGAUGUGAGCAAGGCCCUGCGCCUCUUCAACGUCCUCAUGAUGAAGCGCAACGAAACCCUGCGGAACGUCAUCACAGAGUUCAGCUCCAUCUCCAGCAGCCUGGACAAGCUGCAGAAGAAGACCAAAAACAUGGGCAUCGCUGGGGGCACCACAGGCGCCGUGGGAGGGGUGACGGCAGUGGUGGGCAUUGCCUUGGCUCCCAUGACCAUGGGGGCCUCGCUGAUCGCUACGGUUGUCGGCGCUGGCAUGGUGGCAUCCGCCGGCGGUAUGGGCGCCCACACCGCUAAGGCCAACAAGAAGAUUGUGAAUAGGAUGAGAGUGGAGAAACUAGUAUACGACUAUAAGACGAAUGUCGCCGACCUGGAACACUGUCUGAAUUUUAUCCUCUCUGUGAUGAAUGAGCUGCGAAGGCACGAUAUCGCCAGGUUACAGCAGGCAGGAGCCCAGACUCACGCACUGAAGAUGGCACAUCUGUCACAGUCCGUGUUUAGGAAUGACACGGACAAAGGGAAAAGGAGGUCGUCUGCUCCACACGCAGGUGGGUUGUCAUCUGAGAGACUGCUGCUGGCUUUUGUCAAGGAACUGGACCAGUAUUUUACAGAGAAGGACGGUCAGAAGCUGAAGAAAACCAACAAGAGCAGGUUUUCAGGUCGGGUUCGCCUGCUGGCUGAAAAUCUGCAGGAGGAACUAGAACACCUGAAUCACAUGUGGGAGAAGUUCAGUUGAACCAGAGAACUCUUAAUGUGUGUGUGUGUGUGCGUGUGUGUGUGUGUGUGCGCGCGUGUGUGUGAGAACAUUUUCAUUGGUGCGAUUAAAUUCCUUAUUUACAUGUAUUGUAAUAAAAAAAAUUAUAUUUGUAAAACCUAAUGUGUGAUUUAUUAAAGCCAACAUUUAAUGGUAGUUUAAGAUUGUAGUUCGACUACAAAACAUGACUGUGAUAAAUGAAACAGAAGAAUUAAUUAAACUCACUGUCAAAAGUUUUACUUAAAAAAAAAGAAUUAAUAAAAAAUACUGUGUUACUUUUCAAAGUUUAGUCCUCUUAUAAAAACGCAGUAGACAGGAAUGUGAAGAACAAACAAACACUGGCGGAGUGAUAUUC